AUGAAAUGCAUCAUCGCGUUUAACGGACUACUCUCUCCCUUGCCUUCCCCCCCCAGCGAGAACACCCACCGGUUACAGCAAGAGCAUUUUUACAUCCAACUCACUCGCACUCGCACUCGCACUACUCGCUCUCAUUACACACUCGCCCAAUCACUCGAUGUUUUAUUUUUCAUCUCUUAUACAAACUUAUUCACUAACGUUAGCAUAUAUAUAUAUAUAUUUAUAUAUAUAGUAGCAGCAGUAUAUCUAUACAUAUAUAUCCACUUUUACACUUGCUGUCGCCACAUCCCAUCGCUAGCUCGGUUUGGUUCCCUCCCAUCUCAUUACAUUACUUUACACAAACUCAUAUUUCUGGUCCCCAAUCCUACUUUUUUGCACUUUUUACUUUACUUCACUCUAAUUCAAUCCACACAUAUACACACAUACAUAUCCACAAUGUUCAAACAAUUAGUCGGUUUAAGUACUAGAAGAGCCUUCUCUUCUUCUGUCAAGGCCCAAGGUGCCCACUUGAAAGACGGUGUCUACACUAACAUCCCUUUCAAGGUCCACAACAGAAAGAUUCCUUACGCUGUAGUCCACACUGCUUUCUUCAGCGUGGGUUUCCUAGUCCCUUUCUUGAUCAGUUGGGUCCAAUUGAAAAAAUCUGGUAACAUCUAG